ACAUUCGGACGCGGUGCCGUGUGUUGUUGUGAUCAGCUGAUUGAGUCCGAGUGACGUUUACUUCCCACGGCGUGUCAUGGAAAACUCAAAAUUCAGGGCCAAGGCCAAGAGAGCAGAGCGGAGGGCUAGGAUCCAGACGUACCGGCCCGAGUGGGAAGACGAGGCGGACCUCAAGGACUGGAUCGAGUGCAGCGAGAAGGGGGUGGAGUACGUGUGGUGUCGAGUGUGCGAGUGUCACUUGAAGGCCAAGCACAGCGACCUCACGCACCAUGCACAGACUGUCAAGCACAGGAGAGCUUUUGAGAACUGUGGACAAUAUGAAGCCAAGAGAAGUGGAAAGAGACCAAGGGAAUCAUAUGUUGAGGAUGAGUUAGAGAAAGCUGUGAAAGAUGUUAUUAACAAAAAGAUGGGAUAUGACAAGGCUGCAAAACUGUACAAAGUUGAAAAGGAAGCUAUACGGUACAUGGUCAGAGGGAGACGCUCAGAGAAAGCAGCUAACACUGAGGACUCAGAUGAAGUUGAGUGCAGCCAAGGUAAUGACUCCCCCAUGACCCUCGUGCCAGAACCUAUACUUGGUGAACCUGAUCCUGGAGCUGCUCCCUUGCAACAAAAACCAGAGCAUUACCAUCUGCAACACAAUAACCACUUAAUGACUGUGCUGUCGGCUCUUGCCCAAGAUGAAGUGUUCGUGGAUGUUACUUUGACUGCUCAGGGUCAUUCUGUUAAAGCCCACAAGUCUGUGCUGUCUGCCAUGAGCCCAUACUUUAAAGGUGUACUACAGGAUAACCCAUGCCAACACCCCAUCAUUAUCAUGCCACACGAUGUCAAAUUUGAGGAGCUUGUGAACAUAAUAAAUUAUAUCUACAAGGGUGAGGUGACUGUUGGGGCAGGAGAGGUCAAGUCCCUAUUAAAGGCAGCUGAAGUACUUCAGGUGACUGGCUUGGUCCCUUCUGAAGAUAUCACCAUGCACCCCAGCAAUGAAGACCUUGCCAUAGCCAACACAAUAAAUGACUUCCUCACCUCAACAAACAGUUUCUGUGCUCCUGCCACUGACGUCACACAAGUUAGCACCACUCCAACAGCAGUAAACAAGUCUCAGAGUGCGGGUACUCCAAUAACCCCUGAGGCAUCCACCUUCCCCACAUUCAUAGUGCAGGGGAAGGUAAUUAAAAAGCCAGGACCAGUACAAGCAAGUCUGCCUCUAGAAGAAAGCAUGAAGACACCAUUUGAGUUUGUUAAUGUUGACAUGGAAUAUAUGAAACAGAGUACCCCAACAUUAGAAGGAAGAAGUAUACAGAGUUUUGCUGCGCCGCAGUCUCAACACACUUCACACAUUGCCCCCACUCAGCCACAUCAGAAGAACGGUGAAUCAUACAGUCCCAUGGGAGGAGAUGGAGUUAAAGAAGAGCCUGCUGCUGCUGUCAGCUUUCCCCAGCCUCACAACACAGCUCCAACACAACUCACGUCUUGAGCAUCAUUGAGGUGUUGAGAGUAAGGGAAAAUAGCUAAAAGAAGAUUAGCACAAAAACUCAUUGGAAAAGAAGAACUGAAAAUGCAGUUGAAAGGAUAAGUACAAAAAACUGGAAAUGCUUUGUAUUUUUUGGUCUUGUUUUAUACAGGAAUACAGUUGUCUUCCAAAAUUAGUGUACUACAGUUUUCAUUUUAAAACAUGUCUAGUUGUUACAGACUUUUUUCCUACUUAGGUAUUUCUUUGUGACUAUUCACUGUGUGUGUGAACUCUUAUUUAGUGUUUUGUUGUACGGAAUUAUAUAUUGGAGUCAGUUAGUGUUAAUGCUUCGUUUUGAAUGAUGUGUAAAGUAUUGUCUUAAUAUUUUUUGUGGAAAAGCAUGAAAAAAAUGUGACUCUUUUGCAUAGGUGUGAAGUUUAGAAUGUCGACUACUUUAAAGGUUUUUGGAUUUAUGUGACUGACAACUGUGGAGAGGCUUAGAAUUGGCAACUAAAUCUAUAUAGAAAUAAACUGUGUCAGAAUAUAAAAUUGUAAAACAAAAUCAUUGUGUGAGUAGUUUUAGUGUGUUUUAGAAUUUUUAAAAAUGUUAUCUGUUGAUCACUGUGUUCCAAAAGUCAUGAAAUUGAAAGUUGUUCAGAUUGUUGGUCAUUGCAGAGCCUCCUAUAUUCAUAAACUUGUGUGUGUGAGGCUUAUUAGUAGAUGUGAAGGAAGACUGUAUGUACAGUAUGUACACUUUUAUCUUUACCAUCUUGGUGAUUGGUUUUACAAAUUUAGAGUUCACUUAGAGAGUUUAGAAUAGGUAGAAGAAAUAGCUAUUGUAGUUAAAGGAAAAGAAAUUUGAUGCCUUUAAUCUGAAUCUGCAGUGAAUUCAUAAUAUCUUAUGAUCUUUACUACUAAUACUUAGGUGCCAAGCAUUUAUUGUGCCCCUGGAUAUUGAUUGUUUAUUACAUUGUGUGAAAAUUUAGUAGAAGCACCCAGGUCACCAAUAUGUAAACCAAAAAUACCAUUUAUAGCUACUUUUGUUGCUUGAAGUUAGUAGCAUUUCAUGGAGAAUUCUUGAUGCACUUUGUGUCUAGGGAUGUUGACUAGACUAUGCUUGGUAUCGAAAGGAAAUUUUAUAUUUGGCUUCAUUUACAAAGAUGGAAGGUCUUGUAACUUUUUUGAUGUGUCUUAAUAUAGACAAUACAAAUAUAUCAGUCUUGCUUAUGCUGCAUUCUUAUUAUGAGUAGUUGGGACAGCAUAGCAGACGUGGGAAGGAAAGUUCAAAUUGUUACUAUUUAUUAAAAAGACUGACCAUUUUUAUAUAGGAUUAUGAUGAGUGGCUUUAUUUUUCCGUCCACUUAACUUAAAAUGUCUUUAGAGUGAAAUGUGCUUUUCAAACAGACCUUUUGCUGUUUUGGAUUUCCCAUCAGUGUAAUAUAGUUAAUAGAUAUUAAUAGACUGAAGCAUGUGAACUGUCAUGUUUUUCAAUCAGAUAUUGUUAUUAUUAUUUUCCAAUAUUGGGUAGACUUUUUUUCUGUAAGGUAUUCUAAAGAAACCUGGUGGAAGAAUAUUGUGAUAAAUAGAUAUACAUAUAUUUUUCUUAUGAAAAAUAAAAUAAUAUAACACAA